GCCGGUACACUCCCAGUGUUACACUCGUGACGACUUCCUCAGGAAGCAAAACACUUUUGCCGAUCCUGAAAAUGAGCUUAUUUUUACCAAAAUUGGUCUGCAAAAAAGAUAUAGACGACGUGAUCAAGACAGUAGCAGAAAAGGUGGUAGUUUUGAGAUUUGGGAGGGAUGAAGACUCAGUUUGUCUCCAGCUCGACGAAAUUCUGUCAAAAACGGCACAUGACCUGAGUAACAUGGCCUCUAUCUACAUAGUCGAUGUGGAGAAAGCCCCCGUUUACACCAGAUAUUUUGAUAUCAGCUACAUCCCAUCAACUGUGUUCUUUUUCAAUGGACAGCACAUGAAAGUCGACUAUGGCUCACCAGAUCACACCAAGUUUGUUGGCAGCUUCAAAACCAAACAGGAUUUCAUGGAUCUUAUUGAGGUCAUAUACAGAGGAGCCAUGCGGGGGAAAAUGAUUGUCCAGAGUCCCAUCGACCCAAAAAAUAUUCCCAAAUAUGACCUCUUGUACCAUGGGAUUUGAAAUCAACAGCUACUCUGUGUAAGACCUUUCAACCACCGUUAUGUUUUCGCUCUUAGCUAAAAGGUGCUGGUGGUAAUUGUUAUAGCUUGAGCGAGACCUAUGUAUUGAUUCUUUUUUUGAAAUAGGAAACAAGGAAACUUAUAUUUUAGAAGUGCCAUCAAUCAAACUGAUGCGGCGGGAUGUCUGAAACUUUAUACUGCACUAUAUAUGCAUGUUUUGAUCAUAUUCAGUGUUGUGAUGUUUCCUAUGGAAAACAGUGAGGUUUUGUGUGAAACUUGUAUUAAUACAAAUGUUAUCAUUUUACAAUAAAGUUUCUUUCCUGUCAAAAAGUC